CGUAGCAUCAACUCUUUAUCAUCCGUCCUCGAGUUUCAAUCUGUUUGCUUGUUCCGUUUCCAUGGCUGCGGCGGCGGCAGAGCGGACGCCGGUGUUCAUGAAGGUGGGAGAUCUCAGGCCCGGGACGUCGACCGGCCACACGCUUCUCGUUAAGGUGCUAAGCUCCAAGAUCAAGACCGAGACCAAGACCGUGGUGACCCGCUUUGGCCCGGCGGCGAGGCCCACGAGGAUCGCCGAGUGCCUCGUCGGUGAUGAGACGGGAUGCAUCCUCUUUACCGCCCGCAACAACCAGGUUGACAUGCUGAAGCCCGGCAACACCGUUAUUCUUUGGGAUGCAAAGCUUGGCAUGCCCAAGGGGAUAAUGAAGCUAGCUGUUGACAAACGGGGGCUUGUUGAUGUCACUGAACCGGCAAGCUUCGAUGUGAAGGAGGACAACAAUUUCUCACUUGUGGAGUACGAGUAUGUACAGGUCUAGGUCUACGUGUAAGAGUGGACUUAUUUCGCUCUUAAUCAGAACAAGUGCUUUCCAAACCUGCUUUUUUUUUCUUUUUUGAAAAGGGGUCGGGCCCCGGCCUCUGCAUCAGAACGAUGCAUACGACCAUAUUAUUAAUAAUA